AUGCGUUAACUUGAGAGAUAGUUAUUAUGAUCGUCUUUCCGUAAGAUCGAAGCAUAGGUUUUAUUCGUAGAACCUAUCGCACUCUCUGGAGCAAUGAACGUGGCUGGUCUGCUGUUCGUCUUCUCGCUGCUUGCCGGAGCGUUCGGCAAUGGCACAGACCCCAGUGUUCCGCCAUACUGGGACCUGCUGCUCAAGAGUCCUCACACAUUCCGUUUCCCGGAGGCGGUGGAGCUGACGGUGGCAGCGGAGGAGUGGGUGCCACACAUCGCGGUGCGGGAGGACCCGGUCAACGGUAUCGUCAUCUCGGGACCCAUGGCCAACCUCCUCGAUGCUUUGGCCAGAGCUAUGAACUUCAAGUAUAAAAUCGUAAGGCCAGCGGACGGCGCUUGGGGCAUCCCUCGCCCGGACGGCAGCGGCGACUGGAAUGGCAUGAUAGGGAUGGUGAAGAGGAAGGAAGCAGACUUGGCAUUGGGUCCCUUCGGGUUGACGUUCUCACGCAGCAGGGUGGUAUCCUUCACAUCCCCCAUCCUCAUCGACUACUACAGGAUCCUCGUCCGGAGACUCAAACCCCAACCUGACCCUUGGGGCUGGCGCAACCCGUUUACCUUGGGAGUGUGGAUCAGCUUCGUCGUGAGUAUGCUGGCGUUGGCUCUCGCACUGUGCGGCAACACGCGUCUUUUCGGCAUCAGUCACGUCAACCACAACGAAACGCCUUGUAAAAGUUUAAGCUUCUCAGAGCAUUGCUGGCUCUUGUUCGGAACUUCUCUUUCCCAGCGCACGAAUUGGAUGCCCUUCAGUUUGGGAGGCCGAUUUGUACUGGCCAUUUGGUUACUCAUCGCUUUGAUAGCCACCCGUUCGUACAGUUCGUCACUGACGUCUCUACUGGCGGUUCGUACCAUAGCUACACCAUACAACUACCUCAAGGACCUGGUCAACGACCACCAUGUCAAACUGGUGUUCGAGGCCGCGACGGCACUUGUCGAGCAUAUGUCGACGGUCAAGACUGGAAUCUACGCUGAUCUUGCCAAGCAGUCGGACCGAUCUCGCUUCGUGACGCCGCCGCAGCUUUACGAAGCAGCGUACUCAGACGUGAGGACCUCAGACACCGCCCUCCUGGUGGAGGACACAACCUGCAGGAAGGUCCUCUCAGACGAUUUCACUAAGACUGGUCGUUGUGAUUUUUACAUCGGAAAGGAGCGGUACUGGCCUCUAAUUUUCUGCAUGAUUGUCCGCAAAGAUCAUCCAAUCAUCGGCGCCAUCAAUGCACGACUGGAACGCUUCACCAGCCAGGACCUGUACAUGAGGUGGCUGGGCGAACAGCUUCCCAACGUCACGGCCUGUAGUGCUGCUGCCAGCAAAGUUACUGUCCAGGAGCCAUACAGUCUACGGGGACUUUGGGGAGUGUUCGUGCUACUGACGGUCGGUCUCGCCCUGUCAUCGACGUGUCUCGCACUUGAAGUGAUCAUCGCGAAACGCUGGCCUCCAGUCUAGCACGUAUCAAGUAAUACCUUAUAACAAUCAAUACCUUAUCUCCCUUAAUACCUUAUCACAAUUAUUACCAUGUUCUUAAUUACAGCUCUUUUGUGACUACCCCGAUAGGUUAUGUACUCUAAAUUUUCUUGCGCAUGUACGAAAUUCAAAUUCACAUGGAAGGAUUGAAAACGACGUGCUUAAAACUGUGAAAAACUAAACAUGUUACAACAUUCCGAAUCUGUUAGCGUACAUGCUACCAGAUAUGACACGUAUAAUGUUAAAAAUAUAGCAAGAAAAUGUUGUACGAGGUUAUUGAAUUGGAAAGGCAAAAUUUAUCUGCUAGCCAUUAUUGUACUUGAAGUAACAAAGUGUCGGCAAUGAGGACAAGCAACGUCGAAUGAUACGGCAUUCCAAUAAAUUUGUGCAAAGAUUUUAAAAGAGGUUGGCACUGCGACAACUAAUUGACUAUUAAAUUCAUCAACUCCCGC